AUGUUUAUUUUGAAAUUGUUUUUCCAGAAGAUUUGCGAAGACUUCUGCUUUUCCUCGGAUGCGUACAUGGUGCCGUUUGUUCCAGACAAUGGAGAGAUGGAUUUUGGGUUCUUUGGUAUACGGGAAGUUAAAUUAUCAGUGAGUGAAAGUGCAAAUCUUGUAAUUCGUGAAUGUGUAAUCUUCUGGGAAAAGGCUAGAAUACCAACCCGAGCAGUUCCGAACUGUGUUAAAAAGUUAGUAUUUCUUUAUCAAGUUUGGCGUGAUUUACAAAAAAAUUGCAAAAAACCCCAAGAAGUUUACAUUAAACGCGAGCAAGAUUUUCAAAAUGAGUUGGAUAAUUUAUUUGAUGUUGCACAUGCCGAGGCUUUAAAUAAAAUUGAAAUAGAAGAGGAUAGAUUAUUUUUACAACAACAGAGAGAACCAGGGCGUCCGGGAUUUCUGGCUGGUGUAGAUAAAAAAUUUACUGAAAAAGAAGAGAGAUUGCGACAGAGAAAUUUAGAGUUAGAGUCGUAUACUGCUGAAUCGGCUUCUUCGCAUUAUAAUUCACCAACUCAAUCUGAUGCUUCUUGGAGUUCUAAUAGUUUUACUGAAAGCUUAGAUAGUCGAAUUUCGAAAAGGGGCAGACAAAAUAUUUUUACAUCCAAACUAGUAACAACUUUAGAUAGAUGUCAGUUAAGCAUAAGAAACUCUGUUUACAUAGUUCAGGCUGUAAUGGAAGCAUUGGGUCUUACUAUUGAUGAAUUUGCAAUAAAUAAAUCUUCAAUACAACGCAUUCGUACGCAGAUACGAAAAGAGAGGGCAGAGAUGAUAAAAAACGACUUUCAGAACAAUAUUCCGGAAAUUGUGACUAUCCAUUGGGAUGGAAAAUUGCUGCCAGCUGUAGACGUAAGAAGUUCGAAGGAGGAACGAUUGCCGAUUGUUAUAUCGUAUGAAAAUAAAGAGCAACUUCUUGCUGUGCCAAAAUUAGAUAGUUCAUCAGGUAAAGAGCAAGCUUUGGCCGUUUUCAAAGCCCUUCAUGAUUGGGACCUUAGUGAUAAUGUGCAAAUCAUGAGUUGCGAUACAACGGCUUCCAAUACAGGCCGUUUCAAUGGAGCUUGUACUCUAUUAGAACAAAAACUGGAAAAAGAGCUGUUACUUUUCCCCUGUCGUCAUCAUGUGUACGAACUCGUUCUAAAAAGCUUUAAAAUCAGUGCUGAAGAAAAGCAAGUCCUCCCGGAUGUUUCUUUAUUUAUUGCGACAUCCUACGUCAAACCCUGGCUUCAGUGUACUUUGGCAGCAAAAGCACCAAAUCAAGAUUUAUCCUUUUUGAAAUCUUUAAAAAAGUAUGAAGCAAUUGAUAAAUCUAUUUCAAACGCAGCUCUGACCAAAUUUUGCCAGCAUCUGUGGUAUUUGUGUGACGAAAUUGCUAUCUUGGCCCUUUUUGACGACGAAGUUGAUGACCAAACGAAAACGAAAAUGGUAUCCAACCUAGAACGUGAAAAAACGUUUGAUCUUGGAAAGAGAUAUAUUCCAUCUAAAGAAGAGAUAUCAAACACUUUGUAUGGCAGAUCCCUAGAAGACUUCGUAUCAAAUAAGAGUAAGAACUUAUUUUCACGCCUAAAGAUCGACGACAGUUUCCUGAAGGAGAGCGUUUCUUCGUGGAAAGAAAAUAAAGUCUAUUUAAAAGCUAAAAGUCAAGCUGUAUCCUUAAAAGCUAUAAAUGACACAGCAGAAAGAGCAGUUAAGCUAAUGCAGGACUUUCACGUUCGGUCGAAACAAUUCAAAAAAUCCUUUUCAACACCUGAUGGACCUGGUUGUGAAAAAUCUUUAAAUUACAUUUUUAUUUAG